GGAGACUUCGCUGGGACAGAUGGGGCAAGCCAUCUUGCUGCAACGGCAGAUGGAUCAUCGCCGGGCCCUUGGCAGGAAGCGGGGAAGAAUUCCCGUAUCGAGUAGCACAUGCUGGACACGACGGAGGAGGAACGCGAUCGGAUCCGCGCUGGGGUCAAAUUGGUCAACAGGGCGGCUUUCAAAGCCAAAAUGAAGGACGGGGCGAGCAAGGCUUGGGUGGGAACGAAGAAGGCAUUCGUAGCAUGUGGGCCAGACGUGGUCAAGGCGAUCGGCAAGGCAGUGUUGGAUACGCUGGCCAAGAUUUUUGGAGGAAACAGCGCGGAGGACCUGCCGGGGGUGAUAGAGGACGCUCUGGUCGCCCAAAUUAGGCCGGUGCUGGACAAUAUGGGAGUGGUUCCUGCUGGAGGAGCCUAGUG